CACAAAACAUGCCGAAAGCUGUUUCUAGUGCUAAGGCCGGGGCCGAAGGUCCCCGCAGCGCCAUGAAGGGUGGGGAUGCGACUGGCGACCGGCCGAAGGCCAGGUCACUCCAGGCUCUAACUUGGUGAUCCAGUCCUUUUCUCAUCUGAUACACCUAGCCGAAUGAAGCCUGUCCUGCAGUGGAGAGGUACUGACCGAAGUUGUGUGACCUUUUCCUCCAGCAGACACAUCCGACAUGUCAUUUGAGGAGCUGUUGAGAUUACAGAGUCAAGUAGGACCCAAGGCAUACAAACAGUUGGUAGCUGGAAACAGUACUAAAACUCGAAGCCCCAGACAACCUGUGUGCGUCGCCGAUAAGCACCGGCCUCUGGAAAUGUCAGCCAAAGUCCGGGUACCAUUCUUACGUCAGGUGGUCCCCGUCAGUAAAAAGGUCGCCCGAGACCCCCGCUUUGAUGAUCUGUCAGGGGACUAUAACCCUGAAGUGUUUGACAAAACUUACCAGUUCCUGAAUGAUAUUCGAGCCAAGGAGAAACAGCUUGUGAGAAAGCAGUUGAAGAAGCACCGCUCAGGGGAGGAGCACGAGAAGCUGCAGCAGCUGCUUCAGCGGAUGGAGCAGCAAGAGAUGGCCCAGCAGGAGCGCAAGCAGCAGCAGGAGCUGCGCCUGGCCCUGAAGCAGGAGCAGCGGGCUCGGGCCCAGCAGGGCCAUCGGCCGUACUUCCUGAAGAAAUCUGAGCAGCGCCAGCUGGCCCUAGCUGAGAAGUUCAAGGAGCUGAAACGCAGCCAGAAGCUGGAGAGUUUCGUGAGUCGAAAGAGGCGCCGAAAUGCAGGCAAGGACAGGAGGCAUCUCCCUCCGAGCAAGGAGUCGUAAGGAACCAUCCCAGGAGACCUGGAUCUGUGGGAUGAAUCUGGGUUGGCCAGUUCUGGUUCUUUCCUGCUCAAAGGCAAGACAGCUACCACUCAUCUAGGCUGACUCAGAAGACGGGGGUGCUCUCGGACUGCACUAGGGCUGCCCAGCAGCAGGGCCUCAGCCUUCUGUAUCACACCGCCUUUCUGGAAUCUGGUCCGUAAACAUCUGCUGUCUUGUGUUCUCAUCCCAGCCUUGCCUUAAGCCAGUGACUCAAAUGAAGAAGGGUGUGGCCUGUCGUCACGUGAGCUUUCAGAGCAGGGACUUUACCUAAGAGCCACUUUGGAAACAUGCUUGGUAUUCCUUGUUUUAUUC